AAGUCAUUAACACAAUAUCCAAAGGGCAAUCUAGUAAAAGUCACAUCUCCUACUUUCUACACACGUGUGCUCUUCACCCACCAGCUAGGCCUUCUCUCCCAAACUCACACGCUUCACUCUCUCUCUCCUCUGCUACUGCUCGACGAGGAAAGAGUUUCUUCUCUGAGCUUGUUAGUUGAACUGAAUGAUGGAGCUAACUACCAUCAAAGAUGCAUUUGAGCGUGUUACUAAAAAGCAAAAAUUGUCUUCUUCUAAAUCCCAAGAAGUUAUUGACCAAGUUGGCCAUGAAAUUGAACAGGCGUUAGGAAAAAUCCAGUCAGCUGAUGACCCCACCUCUCCUGUUGAUCAGAAGUCCAUCCUCACAGAUCUCAAACUCAAGCUCAAUGCACUUGUCCCACUCCACCAAUUAGAAGGGUCACAGAAGGAACUAAACUUAAACCUUAGCAAGUACCCAAAACUACUAGAGAAAUUCUUCAAUCCUGACAUAUCAAAGGCAUACAGAAAUGUUGAUUUUGACUUCCACAUUGUGAAUCAGACUGUUGCAAACCAUUUUUACCGGCAAGGCUUGUUUGAUCUUGGAGAUAGCAUAUUAAAUGAGGCUGGAGAACCAGAGGCAAUUGCAAUAAGAUCUCAAUUCUUUGAAAUGCAUCAGAUACUUGAAGCUGUGAGAGUUGGGAAUCUUGAGCCUGCUCUGAAGUGGGCUUGUAUCAAUCGUGAGAAGCUCAAACAGAAUGGUUCAAAUAUUGAGCUUAAACUUCAUAGGCUGCAGUUUGUGGAGAUUUUACGCAGAGGAAGCCUAGCUGAUUCACUCAAUUAUGCCAGAGCUUACCUUGCUCCCUUUGCUACCCUCCACAUGGAGGAGAUCCAAAAGCUUAUGGCUUGCCUCUUGUUUGCAAGAAGGCUUGACAGUUCCCCAUAUGCUGAUAUGACAUCUCCAACCCAAUGGGAGAAUCUGACUGAAGAACUGACUGGGCAAUUCUGCAGUCUCUUGGAGCAGUCCUAUGAGAGCCCAUUGAGUGUGGCAAUAGCAGCUGGUGUUGAGGGGUUGCCUACUCUUUUAAAGUUGGCAAAUGUAAUGGCUGCUAAGAAGCCGGAGUGGCAAGCAAUGAAACAGUUGCCAGUGCCAGUUGAAUUGGGAAAGGAAUUUCAGUUUCAUUCAAUAUUUGUUUGUCCUGUGAGUAGGGAUCAAGCUAGUGACGAGAAUCCGCCAAUGCUGCUUCCAUGUUUGCAUGUUCUUUGCAAGCAAUCGAUCAUGAAGUUGUCAAAAAGUGGUACGAGGGCAUUUAAGUGUCCAUAUUGUCCUGCAGAGGCUUCAGUUACACAGUGCAAGCAGUUGCAUUUCUGAGAAUUUUGAGCCCCCCUCCACCUCUGACUAAUGGAAGUGUGUUGGCAAUGAUCUGGUUGGUUUUAGUGUGGUGAUGGCUCCAUUUCAUCUCUGGUUUACUAUUUUGUAUAUAAAAAUUCAUUCUAGAUUCCUUUUAUGGAAAUUAAUUAAUUAAUAAUCUAGACAACUUGUUUAUACAUUAUUGUGAAGUAGUGCAUUGGGCCUCUAAACUCA